AUGAAACGAGUCGCAGAGACGCAAGGGCGGAAGGAAACGGGCUUCGAUCCAGAGAUGUCUUCCAACGAUGCGCCCAAGCGGGCGACGGCCGCUCAGCUGGCUAACAGAAAAAAUAAAAAUCUCUGGCGGGUCCUUUCUGCAAGAGAACGAAGGACGACCAGAGUCGGCUCUCCAAGCGUCGGUCUCUCACAACCAUCUGCCAAUCCUUUCGGCUCAAUCAAUUCAAACGUAACUGCUACACCUUCAUUCUCAGCCGGCCCAACAAACGGGUUCACUUUCGGGCAGUCCCAGAGCUUCUCACAGCCACCAGCAGCCACGGGAACCUCAAACAAGGAUCCAUCUGUAUCGUCUAGCUUUGGCAGUGACCAGAGCAGCUCAUCAGGGCCUUUCAAGCUCUUUGGCAGCCAGACUACCUCAGCUCCUCCUUCAUUCGACUUUUCAUCAUCCAACACCCAGCAAGUAAGCAAUCCAUUCAGCAACAUGAACUCGAACCAGAACACGGGCUUCCAAGGCUUCAAGGGAAACAUGUUCAACAUCCCUGGAGCCUCCCAGGCUGAGAACAAGAAACCAGAAAAUCAACCAAACGGAACGGGAGGAUUCUUCGGACAGGGCUCUACGUCGACCAGCACCCCAUUGUUUGGGGCAACCCCAACCACGUCCGCACCCCUUUUUAGCCAGUCUGCUGGACCAAACAUGUUCGGACAGAACAACAACCCUCCUACCAAUAUUUUUGGUUCAGCCCCAAUCACCAGCCCCACGAAAGGUAGCUCAGAGGCAAUGCAGAUGUCUCCAGAUGGCCCCAAGUCUUCCGGCCAGGGAAUCUUCAACAACGUCUCGGCUCCCCCUCCUCCCAUCUUCAAACCUACAUUUGCCACUCCAUCCAGUGGAUUCAACUUGGGAACAUCCACCACUGCCACCUCUGCUCCGACUCCAGCAUGGUCCUUCAAUCCAACUGCUAGCGCCCCAGCUCCAGCUUCAACUUCGGGCUCCAUAUUAUUCGGCGCUUCCAAGCCCGAGGAGCCAAAGGCCGCUGUUACACCAGCCACAACCGGCGCCGGCGCUGGGACUUCCACCUUAUUCGGUGUUCCUACUUCUUCUACCCCGUUGUUCGGGCAGAUGGCAAAGCCUACACCUACUCCAGGCACUACUACCACCACCACCGCCACCACCACCACCACCACCACUUCGGCUCCAAAGCCAGCUGGAAUUUUUGGAGCAAACUCGUCCUUCUCUGCCACUCCCACCGGCGGCUCGCUUUUCAGUCAUCUAGCGCAGCCAAAGGAUACAGCGGCUCCCGCUUCUGCCGCAAAGCCAACUUCGCUAUUUGGCCAUUUGGCUCAGCCAAAGUCCGAUGCUGCUCCGUCUCCUAAAAAAGAAACCCCUUCACUCUUUGGGCAUCUCGCCCAGUCAAAGACUGACGCUUCUUCUCCCGCUAAAGAGUCCGCUUCUCUGUUCUCUUCCACCGCUACCUCCAAACCUCCUCUCUUCAACCCCCCAGCAACUACGGCUCUGGCUCCCCAGCCGUCCUUUACUCUCUUCGGGCAGACUUCCAAACCAAGCGAAAGCCCAAAGCCUGCCACGGCUACUUCUGGAGGCCAGACUCCCUCAAUCUUCUCCACGCCUGCAGCCAGUGCCUCACUCUUCCAGCGUGCCAAUGAGCCAGCAAUGGAAGAACAGGCUCAGCAGCCUGUCAUCGCCCAGGCUGAGAACAAGCCCUCCGGAGAGCCGACUUCUUUACCUGCUCCUACCAAUCCUCCGGCUGCCCAACCCAAACCAUUAUUCGGCAACUCCAUGAACUCAACCAACUCUAAUGCUGCCCAAGCAUUUUCUUCAACUUUUGGAGCCCCUUCAGCUGCUGCACCGGCUCCUGCUCCAGCUGCCCCUGAAAAACAAGCUGAGGUUCCAGCUCCACCAAAACCACAGUAUACAGAUGCUUCCACUGAAACAAUUUUCGAGGCAGCAGUUACAAUGGAGAACUUCCGUCCCGCAGAAGAGGAAUAUCCCCCAAACGCAACUGAAGAAGUGCGCGAACAAUUCCUUCGUGCCUGGCGCCUCUCUGCCCUCAAUGCUAGUUUCCAAGAGGAAAUUGCUACUGUUAAUUGCUGGAGUCAAGAUCUCGACCCCAUUAUCGGCCAUUAUGUCAUGCUUCGGAAGCUGAUCGGUCAUCCACAUCCUCUGGUGACUGUUUAUACCCCAGUUCCCCCUGGCAACAAGCUCCCGUGGAAGCCACAGCCUCCUUUCUCCGAAUAUGAUGAAGAGGAGAAGAGGAAGAGUGUUCAGGGUAACAACAAGGGAUCCAUGCCAAACGGUGAGCCCGCUGCCUCUGGGCCUUCCAGCAUUUCACACAAGAGAAAGGCAUCCGAUGUAGGAGAAGAAACAAGUGACUUCCUCGACAAGGCGGGAAAGCGAACCAAGGUCACUGAAGAUGAAGUCAAAGACAGCAUCGAGGAGACUGAUGAGGCUAGCGAGCCUACCCCAUCGAAGACCCUUUCUCUAUUUGCCAGCUCAUUUGUUGCUCAAAAGUCCCGUAGCUCACCUGCUGAAUCUAACGAAGCUCCCAGCUCUGAUGAGGAUGAGGACUCCGGCGAAGAGGAGACUACGGACGAUGCGGACCAACCAGGAGACAAGACAACCACUCCUUCUGUUUCUCCACCUUCAUCCUCCAAUGGUGGUGGCCGUAGCCUUUUCGACAGGAUUGAACGUGACCAGAAUGGCCAGCCUGUGCGCCAGAUCCAGCCCGAGGAGUUGGAAGAGGAGGCCAAAUCUCUAGCUAAUGAAGCGAACGAGCUUGCCUCUUCAGUCCUUGGAGGCUCAAGAACUGGCUCUCCGUUCAAUCCUCUUGGAUCUUCGACUCCUCUUACUGGUUCAACAAACGGAAUGGACAGCACCCGUUCCCCUUCACCUGUAGAUAUAAUAAAGGCAAAGGCAUCUACGCCCUCCAUCUUCGCCAAUCUUAACCCCGGUGGAUCCAAUAUAUUCGGCGCCAACACUUCUUUCACCUCUGCAUCAACUAGCGGUGGUUCUAAGCCUGCUCCGACAUCCAACCUGUUUGGUGCACCACUUUCUUCUGCAUCGAGCCCAAGCAGCUCUGCUCCAGCAACUUCCAGUAUCUUCGCAGCCCCAUCCCCUACUUCAACUCCUCCUCCAUCUAAUAUUUUUGGAGCACCCCCAUCCACCUCUGCACCAGUAUCAUCCAGCUCUCUCGCUCCUCCGACAUCCAACAUAUUCGGUGGCCUGAAACCUACCGCUGCCCAGCCAGGCAGCAGCACCGGCUUGUCACCACUCCCAUUGUCCGCAGCUACCUCUGUCGACCCUAGCCCAGCUCAGUCAGACACAGACAACACAAAUGACCCAAGUGAUGAAAUGGAGAAACACGCACAGGUCGACUUCACGCGCGGCGGGCCUGGUGAAGAAGAUGAGGAUGCAGUCUUAGAAUGCCGCUCACGCGCCUACCAGCUUAUCGAGGGAAGUUGGCAGGUCCAGGGUGUCGGAAUCCUGCGUAUACUCAAGCAUCGCACCAACAAUAAAUCCAGGAUCCUUCUCCGCGCAGACCCAAGUGGCUCAGUUGUCCUCAAUGCCCGCUUGAUGCCCGAAAUUGAGUACAAGCAGAAUGCAAAUAAUGUUCAGUUUGUGGUUCCUUGCGAAUCCGGUUUCCAGCAGUGGAUGCUUCGUGUGAAAACCCAAGAUAGCGCUGGCGAGCUUAGAGACUCGAUGGAACAGCACAAAAAGAAGGAUUGA